CGAGUCUUUGCGAGUCGAAUUCUGCCAACCCAACUGUCUGACUCGAUGUAUUCAUACAGUUUGAUCGCUCAACACAAUGAACCAGAUCCCUUUACGCCCUCUGGAUGUAACGCGACCAAGCGAGUCGGAACUCGAACCAGAAGACCGAAUCGUUGACUCUGACUUCCGAGCCGUGAUCAUUUGCAUAUCCUCCUUCCUCCUCAUCUUCACCACAUGCGGGACUCUCUUCUCCUUUGGGGUCUUUCAAGAUCUCUACCAGACCAUGUCACAUGAGCCAGGCAACCCUUUCAGCGGCGCGUCACCCGCCAUGAUCGAUCUUGUGGGCACCCUUGGUGUCUCCUUCCAGAGCGUCUUUGCACCCUUCGCCACGGCUUGGGCUAAGCGCUUCUCGCCGACAGCAGUGAGCUCCCUGGGUGGACUCAUGUUUCUCCUGGGGUGCAUUCUAGCGAGCUACUCCACAAAGCUCUGGCAAUUCAUCCUGACCCAAGGUAUGAUGCUUGGUAUCGGGACGUGCCUGUCCAACAUGCCAGCCGUGACGGUCGCUCCGACAUGGUAUGGGCCCCGCCGCGGUCUAGCCAUGGGGAUCAUCCUCUCAGGGACUGGCGUCGGAGGCGUCGCGUGGACCCCUGUGAUUCAGGCCCUCAACCAACGAUAUGGGUUCCGAAUGACGCUCCGGAUCGCAGGGGCAGUUACCGCUGGGAUGAUCGUCCUCCCUGCGACUCUGUUGCGAUGGGACUCUGCGUCUCAGCGUCGGAUCGAUCAAGAACGACGGAACAUGUCACUCGCUGCAAAGAUCCUGAACAUUCCUCUGCUCGACUGGCAAGUAGCCAACUCGCGCAAGUUUACCGCUCAGCUGUUCAGCGCGUCGUGUCAAGGUGCAGCGUACUAUACGCCAAUCUUUUUCUUCUCCGCCUACGCGAGAACUUUGGGAUACAGUGCCACGACAGGAGCCAGCUUUAUCGCCAUCACCAAUGCCUGCAAUGCCAUUGGCAAGAUUGGCGUGGGGUUCGUAGCGGACAAAUGGGGUCGCCUCAACUCGCUCUUCGUCACGACACUGAUCUCUACGGCAAUCACCUUUGGCCUGUGGCUGCCUUCCACCCUUGACAUUGACGUUGUACCCAGUCGCGUGCUGUUCAUCGCCUACUCGAUCGCCUUUGGUCUCUUUGCAAGUCCGUAUGUGGCUCUCUUCCCCACCAGCUUAGUCGAACUCUUUGGGCCGGCACACUUUGCAAGCGUCAAUGGGUGUCUGUACAUGGCAAGGGGAAUCGCAGCACUCAUAGGUACGCCAGUGGCUGGCGCGCUGAUCAUGCGAGACGUGGACUCGCCACAGGCUUAUCGCUCCAUGACCAUCAUGGUGGGAGCAUUGCUGGCCGCGGCGAGUGGUGGAGUUUUAUGGGCAAGGAUAGAGAACAGGAGGUGAUACGAAUGCAUCACAGUGGCCAUGGACUACAGUCAGCAGAGCUUUUCAAAUGUACGCUCACCUCGUCUGGGUCAGAUUCUGAUGCACCGCCUUGACCUGCAUAUACGUCUCCAUGCCAUUCACUCCGAGUUCUCUCCCUAUCCCACUCUGCUUGAAUCCACCAAAUGGUGCGCCAUUGUCCACCAACAUGUAUUCGUUGAUCCAGACUGUCCCGGCAUUUAGCGCUCGACUGACUCUCGUGGCUUGGCGAGUGUCAUUGGUGAACACUGCAGCAGCGAGACCAUAAGUCGUAUUAUUGGCCAUGGCAACGCCCUCCGUCUCGUCGUCAAAGGUAGAGACGCAUACGACGGGCCCAAAGAUCU